CUUUGACUCAAGACAAGAAAUCAGUGGUGUACAUGUAAAGUGAGACUAGUGUUGGUUUAUACAACAAUUUACUUGUACUUUAUAAUACGUAUACAAAAACUUGAGGAGUCUAAUUUGGGAAAUAAGGAAGAGAUGUUCGCUCAUCUUUCAACAAUGGCGAUGAAAAGUGAUGACCUGAUAGGUACUAGAGUCGACUGGGUCGAAGGCCAUGAGUUUGAGACAUGGUGGAGACAAUAUUUACAACAAAAUGUCAAGACAUUUUAAUGGGUGCUUCAGAACUUCAGCCAAAAGUAUGACACUGGACCGUACACUACAGUAACAGAAUCUAGAUCAUGAUUAACAUUUAGAAGCUUCAUUCACAAGGAGGCAAGCGUUGGGUUUCGCAGUAGCCUGAGUCAAUGAGUGUGAUGUUUUCUAAGAUGUCUCCGCACCAAGGGAUUAGCGCACUCAUGUGUUUUCUUUCCGUCUGUAUUGGACUUCAUGCGGCGGUAGACUUUAGAAAUAACUACACGCCUGUGAGUCACUAUCGCAAUGACACUGAGAUGCAGGCACUUCUGAAGAAACUGGCCAGUGAUUAUCCCAGUCUGGCCAAGGUUUACGACAUAGGGAGAUCCUUGGAAGGGCGAAAGCUGACAGUUAUACAGAUCUCUGACAAUGUCAAACAACGAGAGAUAGGAGAGCCCAGAUUUAAGUACGUGGCCAACAUGCACGGAAAUGAAGCUGUCGGACGAGAGUUGCUUCUAAAUCUAGCUCAGUACCUCCUGGAGAACUACGGCAAAGAUGCCAGAGUGACCAGCCUAGUGAACAGGACAGACAUUCAUCUGCUGCCCAGCAUGAAUCCCGACGGUUUUGAGGCUGCACCAGAAGGACAGUGUGAUGGCUACACCGGGAGGGGCAAUAGAAACAAUAGAGAUUUAAACCGAAAUUUUCCCGAUCAGUUUUGGCCAACGAAUGCGCCUCAAAGAGAGACGAAAGCGGUAAUGGACUGGAUUACCAAGGCCAGACCAAACUUCGUCUUGUCAGCCAACUUGCACGGAGGAGCAUUGGUGGUCAACUAUCCUUAUGAUGACCACAAGUUUAAGGAUAUAUCCCAUGGAUUAUACAGCGCUUGUCCAGAUGAUGACGUAUUUAAGUCCUUGUCUAAAGUGUACUCGUACGCACAUCCCACAAUGCAUCGUGGCAAUAAUUGUGAUGGCGAGAGCUACUUUGCGGAUGGUAUAACAAACGGAGCAAAAUGGUACACAGUCUCAGGCGGAAUGCAAGACUUUAAUUAUCUCAAUAGCAAUACAUUUGAAGUAACUCUGGAAAUAUCUUGUUGCAAAUACCCAGGAGGAAACGAGUUGCCCAGAUUUUGGUAUGAGAACAGACUGGCUUUGCUUGAAUAUAUAGAACAGACUCACAUCGGCGUGAAAGGAGUUGUGAAAACAAGUUUGGGAAACCCAGUGGCCAACGGGACAGUUAAAGUGAGAGGCAUAGAUCACGUGAUUCGAACCUCUGACCAAGGAGAGUACUGGAGACUACUAACACCAGGGAAAUACCAGAUAACCUUUAGCGCCCCAGGCUACUCCUCAGUGACCACUAGUGUGAUCAUCUCUGACGGACCAGCCCAGGUCAUAAACGUGACGUUUAACCCAUUUACUAAACGAGGAAAACUUCAAAAGGGAUAAUAAAUAGUCACUUUUUAUUGACAGAGAACAAAAUAUUUAUGUCAAUUUUUUUUCUGUAUCUGUAUCUUUU